AACGCGGAAGAACCGGGAGGGUGGCGGCCUCAGGGCGCAGGAUCGGGCAGCCCUGACGCUCAGGAGCUCAGCUACCGAAAACCAGAAUGGCUACGCGUUGUAGAAGGAAGCCGGCAGUCUCAGCAUCCAGGCGGAGGCAGUAAAGAUUGCUGCAAGUUCAAGGCCAGUGAGCUCCGGGCCAGGCUGGACAACAGGAUGAGCUCCAGACCAGCAUGGGUUAAGCGAGUUGAAGACCAGCCUGCUUUAAGUUUGAGGGUAGCCUGGGUUACAGAGUGCAUUCGAGGCCAGCCUGGGCCACACAGUGAGUUGAAGAUCAGCCUGGCUACAUAGCAAGUUCAAGGACAGCCUAUGCAACAUACUAAGACCCUGUCUCAAACAUUCAUAAAAACAAUAUAGAAAAAAAAAAACAAAACAAAACAGAAGAAGCGGCAGCACCUGGGAGAAGACUCUGGAAUUGAGUAAGGGUUUUCUGCAAGGGCUCAGGAACUGUCCCGUGUGUGCAGGCUGGAGCAUGGGAACCCCGAAACCGCGGAUUUUGCCCUGGCUGGUGUCGCAGCUGGACCUGGGGCAGCUGAAAGGCGUGGCCUGGCUGGAUGAGAGCCGGACCAAGUUCAGGAUCCCGUGGAAACAUGGCCUACGACAGGAUGCACAGAUGGAUGACUUUGGCAUCUUCCAGGCCUGGGCAGAAGCCAGCGGUGCCUACACCCCAGGGAAGGAUAAGCCAGACCUGUCCACCUGGAAGAGGAAUUUCCGGUCAGCCCUGAACCGGAAAGAAGUACUUCGAUUAGCUGAUGACCGGAGCAAGGACCCCUUCGACCCUCACAAAGUGUAUGAGUUUGUGACUCCAGGAGCUAAGGACUUUGUACAUCUGGACACCUCUCCUGACACCAAUGGCAAAAGCAGUCUGUCUGAUCCCCAGGAAGACCUCUGGGAAUUACUCGACGACAUGGUCUUAGAACCCCUCACAACUGAGGGGUCCUCAGACCUGGCUAUUGCUUCUGAUCAUUCUCAACUACAGCUAAGCCCCAAUAUGAACAACUUCCCAAACCCAGCACCCCAAGAAAAUCCACUGAGGCAGCUGUUGGCUGAGGAGCAAUGGGAGUUCGAGGUAACCGCCUUCUACCGAGGCCGCCAGGUCUUCCAGCAGACACUGUUUUGCCCGGGGGGCCUGCGGCUGGUGGGCAGUACAGCUGACAACCCAACACUGCCCUGGCAGCCAGUCACCCUGCCAGACCCUGAGAGGUUUCUAACAGACAAGCUUGUGAGAGAGUAUGUGAGGCAGGUCCUCAAGGGACUGGGCAAGGGGCUGGUGCUGUGGCGGGCAGGGCAGUGCCUCUGGGCCCAGCGCCUCGGCCACUCGCAUUCCUUCUGGGCUCUGGGUGAGGAGCUGCUUCCAGACAGUGGGAGAGGGCCGGAUGGAGAGGUUCCCAAGGACACGGAUGGAGGCGUCUUCGACCUUAGGCCCUUUGUGGCAGAUCUGAUUGCCUUCAUGGAAGGAAGUGGACACUCCCCACGCUACACUCUGUGGUUCUGUGUGGGGGAAUCGUGGCCCCAGGACCAGCCGUGGGUCAAGAGGCUUGUGAUGGUCAAGGUUGUUCCUACAUGUCUUAAGGAGCUAUUAGAGAUGGCCCGGGAAGGGGGCGCCUCCUCACUGAAAACCGUGGACUUGCACAUCUCCAACAGCCAGCCUAUCUCCCUGACCUCUGACCAGUACAAGGCCUACCUCCAGGAGCUGGUGGAGGAUAUGGACUUCCAGGCCGCCGGAGACACCUGAGCCCCGCUCAGCUGCUACCAAUAAAGCAGUUUACGCCACUA